AACCAAGACGUCUGUGUUGCCAUGCCAACCAAACACUGAGAUGACCUCUGCUAUACCCAGAAACGUUGUGUUUUGUGAAAGCAAGAAGGACUGCAGUUUGCAGCAGAAGUCGUAAAAUUUCUUGGUACGGUGAAAACUUUCAAGUGAAAAGAUGAGCAGCGGCUGAGUAAUGGCGGCAGCGGCAGCAGCAGCAGCAGCGGCAGCAGCAGCUGAGGAGCGCGAGGACUGGAGCCUCGUAGGCGACUACUGCAACAAGUCCUUGCGGCUGAAGGCGGACCGAUGGCAGCGAGCCGUACAACACCCCGACACCAGCGAGCCUGUGCUGCACUUCCUUGAUGGCGACCAGACCGAGCUGAUAGUGAGUCAGAAUGCAUGUAACCAACUAGUUGCGGGACAAGAAGUACCAUCAGGUCUUCGCAGUAAGGCUGUCUACUUCGUGAAGACCAAAGACCCGCUACUGAAGAGAACUGAAGACGAUGCCAACGUCAGGGAUGGAGUCAUUUUUGGGGACAUUUCUCCCCAGCCUCUUGACCAGCUAUCCACCCUCAUCGAAGAGGUGAUAAUCCCAAUUUUGGAGAACCCGGCAAACCGCACCGACUGGCCCGACAUGGUGCAGGAGGAUAUCAGCAACCAGCUCUACCAGCUUAGGGGUACCGUCUACAGAAUGUGGGGGCACCUCCGAGGGCAGACUCUACUGCCCCUGCCCUUUGGCAUGGAGCAGCUAGAGAGAGCAGAGCGCACUGCUCUCACUACGGGCGAGAUGACAGACUCGCAGCUGAAGAGCGCCAUCGAGGGCGUGGUGAUCAAGGGCGAGAUGACAGACUCGCAGCUGAAGAGCGCCAUCGAGGGCGUCGUCAUCAAGUGGGUGGCGCAGAUCGAGGAGGUCGUGACGGAAGACAGCGACCGCCUGCCAUGUGAGCACCCAGUGCCUGCUGAUGAGCUCAAGUUCUGGAAGCUGCGACGCAAGAACCUCAGCCACAUCGCUCGACAACUCGCUGAUAAAAAGGUGAAAAUGAUGGCCAAUAUCCUGGAGGCGACGGAGUCUGCUUACUUCCCAGCCUUCCAGCGCAUGACUCGCAGCGUUACUUUAGGAGUGAAGGAAGCAAAGGAGAUCGUCCUAAACCUGGGUCCAAUAAUCCCCAUGCUGGACAGCCUUGCAGGAAACGAGUUGCCCGACGCCAUGCCCCACGUGGCGCCCCUGCUGCACACCAUCUGCCUGCUGUGGAGCGGCUCGCCCUGCUACAGGAAGGGAGACAGGAUCGUCACCCUCUUCAGGGAGAUCACCAACCUCCUCAUCACCAUGGGUCGAGCAUACAUCGGAUCAGUUGGUUUCCAAGCCGAGACACAAGAACCUCUGCAGCGAAUAAAUGCUUGCGUCUCAGCGUUUGAGCAGUUCAGGACUUUGUUCAGCGAAUACCAGGCUAAGGUUCCGAGUUAUUUCCAUGCUGAUCACAAACCCAUGACAUGGGAGUUCCAUCCCACCCACGCCUUCUGUCGGCUGGACGCCUUCGUCGUCCGUCUUUUGGACAUCAAGGAAAUCUUUUCCACCGCCAAGGAGUUCCUCAAGAUUGAAAGAAUUGAAUUCGGCGGCGCUAAAGGCAGAGAACUGGGACUAAAGUUAUCGGCUGUCUUCAGUGAGUUCAACGAAGCGUACUCGGCGUUUUCGAUCCGUACGUACGACUGCCUGGACCCCGACGAGCUCGAGUUCGUCGUCGGUCACCGACAGUUUACGCUCAAAGUCAUGGAGCUGGAGCAGCGCAUGAGUCUCAUCGUGGAGCAGGCCUUCAACGACACGGCGACUCCUACAGCCUUCUUGACGGUGGUGCAGCUGCUAGGCAGUGUGGUGGAGCGGCCAGCUCUGAGGACGCAGUACGCAGCGUCGCUGCCGCGUCUACUGCUGCUCGUCAAGCACGACCUGCUGGCACUCAAGAGUGCGUUUGAGACUUGGAUUGACCAGAGAUUCCGUGACGAAAGUCCAAUUGAAGGCGAUGAGGCAGAGCAUCGUUUCCAGCCACGUCACACCGGCGGCCUGCAAACGCUCUACGAGAUGGAGAGUCGCUUGGCUAAUGUCUUCGAGAAAUUCUCUGCCCUCCAGCAUCCGCUGGUCAAAGGGGAAGAAGGUUCGAGUCUCGUGCGUCAAUGGCAAGACCUCGUCGCAAAACUGUCGGCAUCGCGGGCGGAAAUUUUACAGCGCUGGACAGCCGUCGCCACCACUGACCUCUCCGAGCUCCUCAAGCUGCCUGUCAUAAAGCGGAUGGGAGAUUCCACCCUGCAAGCCAACUUCAGCCAAAAAGUAAUAGAUGCACUUCAGGAACUACAAUUCGCAUGGCUCGCUGAACCCGACAGCGCUGACGCUGCCAGACUCUACCAGCAGCGGGACAAGCUCUGGCAGUGCCUGGCUACGCUGCAGCAAGCUACGCUCUGGGAAGACGUGUUUCUCUUUUUUAUAUUUUUUCCUUCCGUUGUCUUUAUCUCAAACGUUCUUGAAGUUCAAGCCAUUCUUUUACCCCAACCCUUUAGGUACAACCAAAUCUGCAGCCAAACCACGGACGUGGAGCGACAGCUCAUCCGCAAAAGGCUCAGCGUCAUCGACGAGCUCGUGACGAAGGCGGAAACUGAAGUUCUGUGGGACGGUGAAGAUACAUUGCCGUUCCUGGAGAUGCUGCGGGGACACGUGAGUGAACUGGAGCAGCAAGUGAGCGCCAGUCAGGACAACUUGAAACUCAUGGACGCCAUCUUGGGCGCCUGGGUGGAGGAACCCGUCUUCCAGAGGAGGGGCGGCACGCGGGACGGUUUGCUGUCUCUGGAGGAAAAGAACGAUCAGCUCAGCGCCGUGAACAUUCGUAUGAAGGGUGAUGGUCUCAAGCUGCAAAAGCUGCUUGACGACAACCGAGCCCUUCUAGGGGUUGACGAGUCGUCUUCAGAUCACUGGGACAGAUACCUGCUCAACAUCGACCACCGCAUCGAGAGAGGCUUGGGGGAUGCUGUGCAUUGCAGUCUGACCUACCUGCUGGCGAACUGUGAGCCGCGCGCCACGCAGUUGCCGCUCCUGGAGGUGCGGCUGCUGCUGGAAGGGAAGUUGCUGACGCUGCGGCCGAGCGCUCAGCAGUUACGAGGGCUCAUCAUGUCGCUGAUCUCAGAUCUGCUGCAUGUCACCACCUUCAUCCCUAGACUUGCUCCUGGUCACCCUUCGUAUCUGCCUGAACUGGAACGCGACGAAGACCUGCAACAACUGCAGGAGGCGCUGCUGAGGAGGUUCGAGUCCGUGGCGGUGCAGCUCGACGCCCACAAGGAGCAGUUCGCACCUCACGCGCCCCUCUGGCGGGAGAACAAGUCUGAAGCUCUCGACCGGUUCCUUAGGGAGGGUGAAAACGGGGCAGAGCCUUCGCUACCUCAAUUCAAAACCAAGAUCGACUCGUACGAGAAUUUAUACAGCGAAAUGGAGGGCAUGGCAUCACGUGUGGUGUUCGACUACUGGUGUCUUCUGGACACAAGCCCCUUCAAACACUCCCUGCUGUCUACCAUCAAGCAGUGGGCGGAGGUCUUCAAGCAGUACCUCGUCAACAAAGUUAGGGACAGCGUGACGGAGAUGGACGAGUUCCUGAGCGUGACGGCAAAGGGCAUAAGUGCUGAGGUGUCAGAAGGAGACUACGACGCUCUUGUGGCCGUGAUGGCUCAUUUGGGGCAUGUCAGGGACAGGCUCCAUAGGACGGACGCUCUCUUCGGCCCGCUUGCCGCCACCAUCGCCCUCAUCAGUAACUACAAUCAGGACCUGCCCGAGACUAUACAUCUACUUCUUCAGGAAUUGCCGGAAAGGUGGGAGACUCUGAAGAAGCAGUGCGAUUUGGUGAGGCAGCAGCUGGCACCAGUGAAGGCCAUCGAGGUUGACGGCAUCAAGAAAAGAAUCGUGCGUUUUGACAGCCAGCAGCUUGCCUACAGGCAAAAGUUUAGAAGCUACUCUUUCUUCCGGUACGAGUGCGAUUUGCCUUACUGGCGCCUGGAGCGGGUGAACGCCAGGCUACAGCGGCUCGAGGCGGACGCCAAGAAGUUGCAUUUGUCAGCGCAGCUUUUCGAAGUGCAACUUCCUGACUUCAAAAUGAUCAAAGCUUGCAGGAGGGAGCUGAAAAUGCUGAAGCAAGUUUGGGAUCACGUCUUCUCGGUUAACUCAUCGGUCAACCACUGGAAGAAAACUCCUUGGCGAGAUAUCGACGUCGAAGCAAUGGACAUCGAGUGCAAAAAAUUUGCCAAAGACUUACGAGCUCUGGACAAGGAGAUGCGCAGCUGGGAUGUGUACAUGCACCUGGACAGCGCAGUGAAGAACAUGCUUACCUCGCUGAGAGCUGUGGCUGAACUGCAGAACCCUGCCCUCAGGGCACGACACUGGGACCAGCUCAUGAUCAUCUGCUCUUCUGCACACGCGGGGCCUUCUAAAACGAUCGUAGUGAACUCGCCCGAGACAACCCUCGCGGACCUGCUGAACCUGCAGUUGCAUGCCUACGAAGACGAGGUCAAGAACAUCGUCGACAAGGCAGUCAAAGAAAUGUCCAUGGAGAAGACCAUUAAAGAGCUGGAAGUGACGUGGGCAGCGUUGGAGUUUGAAAGCGACCGCCAUCCCCGCACGGGCAUCGCGCUGGUGCGAACCACUGAGGAGAUGAUAGAGACGCUCGAGGAAAACCAGGUUCAACUUCAAAACUUGUUGACUUCUAAGUACGUUGAGCAUUUCCUGGAGGCGGUGUCAGGCUGGCAGAAGAAGCUGUUGACUUCCGAUCAGGUCAUCAACAUAUGGUUUGAAGUACAACGUACAUGGAGUCAUCUGGAGUCUAUUUUCAUCGGAUCUGAUGACAUCCGCGAGCAGCUACCCGAAGACUCCGCUAGAUUCGAUCAAAUUGACGCUGAUUUUAAGUCUUUGAUGACCGAAAUGGUGGCGAGACCAAACGUCCUGGAAUCAACCAACCGCCCCGGUCUCUUCAAGAGCCUCGAGCAGCUGCAAAAGCAGCUCACGGUCUGCGAGAAGACUCUGGCCGAGUACCUUGAGACUAAACGACUGGCCUUCCCCAGGUUCUAUUUCGUAUCUACAGCAGACCUUCUCGAUAUUCUGUCCAACGGAAACCUGCCUCUUAAAGUCGCCAGGCACCUGACGAAGUUGUUUGAUAGCAUCGCAAGUUUGGAAUUCAAGAACAAAGACCCAGUGGAGAACAAAGACGCCCUCGUCAUGGUCGCUAAAGACGGAGAAAGAGUAACUUUCAAGCAGCCUGCGUCGUGCGCCGGUCCAGUAGAGCAAUGGCUGCAGCGCGUGCUGCUGGCCAUGCGGGAGACGGUGCGCUCGAGCCUCAGUGACGCCGUGGCUUCCUAUGAAGAGCAGCCGCGACCGCACUGGGCCAUGCAGUACCCGGCGCAGGUGGCACUAACAGGCACGCAAAUAUAUUGGACGGUAGAAGUGAGUGCAGCUUUUGCUAGACUCGAGGAAGGCUAUGACACUUCACUCAGGGACUACUAUAGGAAACAGGUUCAGCAGCUGAACAGUCUCAUAUCGCUGCUGGUCGGAGAGCUUCCCAAAGGCGAGCGUCAGAAGAUCAUGACGAUCUGCACGAUUGACGUGCAUGCCAGGGAUGUAGUGGGCACCCUCGUCAAGGAGAAGAUAGAGACGGCGUCUGCUUUUGCAUGGCAGUCGCAGCUGCGCCAUAGGUGGGACGACGAGGCGGGCGAGUGUUUCGUGAACAUUUGUGACGCGCAGUUCAAGUACGACAACGAAUACCUGGGCAACACACCACGACUUGUCAUCACGCCUCUCACUGAUCGCUGCUACAUCACUCUCACCCAGUCCCUUCACCUGGUGCUGGGGGGAGCUCCUACUGGCCCAGCCGGCACAGGCAAGACCGAGACCACCAAAGACCUCGGCAGGGCACUGGGCAUGAUGGUCUAUGUAUUCAACUGCUCCGAACAAAUGGACUACAAGUCCUGCGGCAACAUCUACAAGGGUUUGGCUCAGACGGGCGCCUGGGGCUGCUUUGACGAGUUCAACAGGAUCUCAGUCGAGGUGCUCUCGGUCGUCGCCGUGCAGCUCAAAUGUGUCCAGGACGCGAUCCGGCACCACAAGAGCAGCUUCGACCUCAUGGGUGAACACAUCCACCUCACGCCCACCGUCGGUAUCUUCGUCACCAUGAACCCAGGCUACGCGGGGCGCACGGAACUGCCAGAGAAUCUCAAAGCCCUUUUCAGGCCCUGCGCGAUGGUGGUGCCGGACUUGGAGCUCAUCUGCGAGAUCAUGCUGGUGGCGGAGGGCUUCUUGGAGGCACGGCUGCUGGCACGCAAGUUCAUCACUCUGUACAAGCUGUGCCGGGAGCUUCUGUCCUCCCAGGACCAUUACGACUGGGGCCUUAGGGCCAUCAAGUCCCUGCUGGUGGUCGCAGGCACUCUCAAGCGCGACGACCGCGAGCGUCCCGAGGACCAGGUGCUGAUGCGGGCGCUCAGGGACUACAAUAUCCCCAAGAUUGUGACGGACGACGUUCCGGUCUUCAUGGGACUCAUCGGGGACCUCUUCCCUGCCCUCGACGUCCCUAGGAAGCGGGACACUGACUUCGAGAAGCUCGUGAAGCAGGCAGCGCUUGACCUCAAGCUUCAGCCCGAGGACAGCUUCAUAUUGAAGGUGGUGCAGCUACAUCAGCUGCUCGAGGUUCGUCACAGCGUCUUCAUUGUAGGCAAUGCUGGCACCGGCAAGACUCAGGUGUGGCGCUGCCUGUUCCGCACCCUGCAGAACAGGGGCGACAAGCCCACGGUGAGCGACCUCAACCCCAAGGCGGUCACCACCGACGAACUCUUCGGUGUCAUCAACCCAGCGACGCGCGAGUGGAAGGACGGCCUCUUCUCGAACAUCAUGAGGGAACAGGUGAACAUGACGGGGGACGGGCCUCGCUGGAUCGUCCUCGAUGGGGACAUUGACCCCAUGUGGAUCGAGUCCCUCAACACGCUUAUGGACGACAACAAGGUGCUGACGCUGGCAAGCAACGAGCGUAUCUCCCUGACGCCUCACAUGCGCUUGCUGUUCGAGAUCAGCAACCUACGCACGGCCACUCCAGCCACCGUCUCCCGCGCCGGCAUAAUUUACCUCAACCAGUUCGACCUGGGCUGGAACCCGUACGUGACGAGUUGGAUCGAGCGCCGCGAGAGCUCAAAUGAAAAGGCACACCUGUUGGUGCUGUUCGACAAGUACGUGCCGACUUGUCUGGAAACUCUGCGCGGUCGCUUCAAGAGAAUAGCGCCCAUCACGGAGGUGGCGCAGCUCUCCAUGCUCUGCAAUUUACUGGAGUGCCUCCUUACGCCAGACGUCGUGCCUCCAGACUCUCCUAGGGAUCUCUACGAGAUGUAUUUCGUCUUCGCUGCUGUCUGGGCUUUCGGGUCUGCCAUGUAUCAAGACGGGAACAUCGACUACCGCGUCGAAUUCAGCAAGUGGUGGCAGCAGGAAUACAAGACCGUUAAAUUCCCCCCUGACGGGACGGUCUUUGAUUUCUACAUCGACAAGGACAGCCACAGCUUCGUGCCUUGGGAGAACAAAGUGCCUAAGUUUGAGCUCGAGCCUGACGUACCGCUACAGUCACUACUGGUUCACACGUCGGAGACCGUACGGCUGCGGUUUUUCAUGGAGCUGCUGAUGGAGCAGAAGGUGCCUGUGCUGCUGGCAGGCGCUGCAGGAUGCGGCAAGACAGCCCUCCUACAGGAGAAGCUUAGCUCUCUGCCAGAGGACUUCGUCGUCUGCAGUGUCCCGUUCAAUUACUACACUACUUCAGAGUUGCUGCAGCGCGUGCUGGAGCGACCGCUCGAGAAGAAAGCAGGACGCUCCUUCGCCCCGCCCGGCAACAAGCGACUCGUCUACUUCAUUGAUGACCUCAACAUGCCCAUGGUUGACCAGUACGGCACGGUACAGCCGCACACGCUACUGCGCCAGCACCUGGACUACGGUCACUGGUACGACCGGACCAAACAUACGCUCAAGGAUAUCCGGCAGGUGCAGUACGUCGCCGCCCUCAACCCCACAGCUGGAUCCUUCACCAUCAACCCAAGACUGCAGCGACACUUUGCUCUCUUUGCUCUCAGCUUCCCCCGCGACGCCUGCCUCACUCACAUCUACUCUAACCUGCUCGAGCAACACCUUACCAACCCCUCCAUGAAGUUCCCGCCUAACCUCGCUGGGAUGACUGGACAAAUAGUGCAGGCAGCACUGAUGCUCCACCAUCGCGUUGCCUUCACCUUCAUCCCAACAGCCACCAAAUUCCACUACCUCUUCAACCUGCGUGACCUAACCAACAUCUUCCAGGGUUUGCUGUUCAGUACGGGCGAAACAGUGAAGACGCCAAUAGAGCUCGUGCGGGCCUGGGUUCACGAGACACAACGGGUCUACGGCGACCGCCUCAUCGAGGAUAAGGACCUGGAGUGUCUCUCGAAGCUUCACACCGACGUCGUCAAGAAGGUGUUCGAGGAGCUGGACGAGGCAGAAGUGACUUCUAAGCCAAACGUGCUGUGCCACUUCGCUCGCGGGGUCGGGGAGCCGCGCUACCUCCCAAUAAGAGGAUGGGAUGACUUGGCCGCCAUCUUGGGCGACGCGCUCACCACCUACAACGAACUCAAUGCCGCCAUGAACCUCGUGCUCUUCGAGGCUGCCAUGUCUCACGUCUGCAGAAUCAACAGGAUCCUGGAGUGCCCAAGAGGCAAUGCACUACUGGUGGGGGUUGGCGGGUCAGGCAAGCAGUCUCUGGCUCGCCUCGCUGCCUUCAUCGCUGGUCAGGAGGUCUUUCAAAUCAGCCUCACCAAAGACUACGGUCUGCCAGAGCUAAAGAAAGACCUGGCGGGCAUCUACCUGCGGUGCGGCCUGAAGAACCUGGGUACGGUUUUCUUGCUGACGGACGCCCUCAUCCCGGAUGAGAAGUUCUUGGUGCUCAUCAACGACUUGCUGGCGUCCGGCGAAAUUCCCGACCUAUUCCACGACGACGAAAUUGAAAACAUCGUGUCUUCCGUACGCAACGAGGUCAAGAGUUCAGGGACGCCGGACAACAGAGAGAACUGCUGGAGGUUCUUCAUCGACCGCGUGAGGAGGAACCUGAAGGUGGUGCUCUGCUUCUCACCGGUUGGUUCCACCCUCAGGGUGCGUGCUCGUCAAUUCCCAGCCCUGAUCAACUGCACGACCAUCGACUGGUUCCAUGAGUGGCCGCACGACGCGCUCGUGUCGGUGUCUCGGCGCUUCCUCUCCGAGAUAAACGAGCUGCCGUCUGCCCUCCACGAGUCGACAGCCCAGUUCAUGGCUCACGCCCAUAGCACUGUAAACGACCUCAGUAAAGUAUACCUGAGCAACGACCGCCGCUAUAACUACACGACGCCCAAGAGCUUCUUGAUGCUCAUAGACCUCUACUCCAGGCUGCUCUCCACCAAGCAUACGGAACUGCAGGCUAAGAUUGAGAGGCUCCAGAACGGUCUCGAGAAACUCAAAACAACUUCAAGCCAGGUUGACGCUCUUAAGGCAAAGCUCGCGGCCCAGGAAGUUGAGCUUCAGAAGAAGAACGACGAGGCUGAUAAACUCAUCCGCAUCGUCGAGGCCGAGACUGCCAAGGUCUCGAAGGAGAACGAGACCGCUAACGAGGAGAAGCGUCGCGUGGCGCUCAUCGAGGUGGAGGUGGGCAGACGACGCGUCGAGUGCGAAGAGGAUCUAGUGAAGGCGGAGCCUGCGCUCACCGCUGCGGUUGAGGCUCUCAACACCCUCAACAAAGCUAACCUGACUGAGCUGAAGUCAUUCGGGUCCCCUCCCUCUGGAGUGCCCAGCGUCAUCGGGGCGGUGAUGGUCCUACUCGCCCCCAACGGCAAGAUCCCGAAGGACAGGUCGUGGAAAACUGGCAAGAUGAUGAUGGCUAAAGUUGACCAAUUUUUGGAACAGCUCAUCAACUACAACAAAGAAGACAUACAUCCUGAAAUUAUAAAAGCAAUUCAGCCCUAUCUUGUUGACCCUGAAUUCAAUCCUGACUUCAUCCGCACUAAGUCUAUUGCGGCCGCAGGACUCUGCUCGUGGGUCAUCAACAUCAUCAGAUUCUACGAAGUGUACUGCGAUGUCGAGCCCAAGAGACGCGCUCUUGAAGAAGCCAACGCGGAGCUCUCCGCUGCUCAGUCUCGUCUUGCUGCCAUCACCUCCAAAAUUAAGGACCUGGAAGAGGAGCUGGCGCGGCUACAGGCGGAGUUCUCGAAGGCGACGGCGGAGAAGCAGCGCUGCCAGGAGGAGGCCGACGCCACGACGCGCACCAUCACGCUGGCCAACCGCCUCGUGGGCGGCCUGGCCUCUGAAAAAGUCCGAUGGGGCGAAGCUGUCGCCCAACUUCGGAACCGCGAGCACACGUUGCCCGGGGAUGUGCUGGUGGCGGCAACAUUCACGUCGUACGUUGGCUGUUUCACCAAGCAUUACCGUCACGACCUUCUGCACAAACACUGGCUGCCUUUCCUGCUCAAAAACCAUCCUGAAGUUGCCAUCACACCAAAUGUGGACCCGAUGAGUUUGCUGGCCGAUGACGUCACUAUUGCGGGUUGGCACAACGAGGGGUUGCCCUCUGACAGAAUGAGCACCGAAAACGCGGUCAUCCUUACCAACUCCGACCGCUGGCCUCUUCUAAUCGAUCCCCAGCUGCAAGGAGUGAAAUGGAUCAAGGCGCGGUACGGCAGCUCGCUGGUUGUGCUCAGGCUUGACCAGCGCGACUGCUUGGAGACUCUGGAGGCAGCCAUCACUGAUGGCCGCACGGUCCUGCUGGAGAACCUUCCGGAGUCCCUCGACCCUGUGCUGGAUCCUCUCAUUGGCAGGAACCUCAUCAAGAAGGGCAAAGCUCUCAAAAUCGGGGACCGCGAAAUAGAGUACAACUCGAGCUUCAGGCUCAUCCUGCAGACAAAGCUAGCGAACCCUCACUACAAGCCUGAGCUGCAGGCACAGUGUUCCCUCAUCAACUUCACCGUCACCAGAGACGGGCUGGAAGAUCAGCUGCUAGCCGAGGUGGUCAAGUCUGAGAGACCUGACCUCGAGGAGACCAAGUAUCAACUGACAAAGCAGCAAAAUGACUUCAAGAUUCAACUGAAGAAUUUAGAGGAUGAUUUGUUGAGUCGCUUGUCAUCGGCUGGUGGCAACUUCCUGGGCGACACAGCGCUGGUGGAGAACCUCGAGCACACCAAGGCAACCGCCAAGGAAAUACAGGAGAAGGUAACCGAGGCUCUGGAUACCAGCCGUCGUAUCGACGAAGCUCGUGAGCUCUACCGCCCUGCCGCCGCCCGCGCCUCGCUGCUCUACUUCAUCCUCAAUGAUCUACACAAGAUCAACCCUAUCUACCAGUUCUCGCUAAAGGCGUUCCGCGGUGUGUUCCACAAGGCGAUGGCGCGCAGCCCUGCCAGCGACGACGUAAAAGUUCGCGUCGCGGCGCUCAUCGCGAACAUGACGCACAGCGUCUUCCUCUAUACCAGCAGGGGGCUGUUCGAACAGGACAAGCUCAUCUUCGCCACGCAGAUGACGUUCCAGAUCUUAGCGAUUUCGGGCGAGAUAGCGCCGGGAGACUUGGACCUGCUGCUGCGGUUCCCCACAACCCCCAACGUGGUAAGCCCAGUGGACUUCCUUUCACACACCAACUGGGGGGCCAUCCGCUCCCUCUCGCAGCUCGACGAGUUCAGGAACCUGGACCGCGACAUCGAGCAGAACCCGAAGCGCUGGCGCAACUGGUGCGAGAGCGACGCGCCUGAGCGCGUACGUCUGCCUGCGGAAUGGAAGACGCGCACAGAUCUCCAGCAGAUCUGCAUCAUGCGCGCCCUGCGCCCUGACCGCAUGACGCAUGCCGUACAGUUAUUCAUAGAAGAGCACAUGGGUAGUCAGUACGUGGACGGCGAGGCCAUCGAACUGUCGCAGAGCUACGAUGAGUCGGGGCCUGCGACCCCCAUCUUCUUCAUUCUGUCUCCCGGAGUGGACCCCCUCAAGGAGGUGGAGCAGCUGGGCCAGCGUCUGGGCUUCACAUGUGACAACAAGAAGCUGCACAACGUGUCCCUGGGGCAGGGCCAGGAGCGCGUCGCUGAGAUCGCUCUCAAGACCGCGUCCGCUGAGGGACACUGGGUUAUCCUUCAGAACAUCCACCUGGUGAAGAGUUGGCUGCCGCGGCUGGAGAAGAAGCUUGAGGCGUACGCUGAGACAGCUCACCAGGACUACCGGGUCUUCAUGAGCGCUGAACCCGCCAACCGGGCCGAGUCCCACAUCCUCCCUCAGGGCAUUCUGGAGUCAUCAAUCAAGAUUACGAACGAGCCUCCGCGCGGCAUGCAAGCAAACCUUUUGAAGGCUCUUGGAAACUUCUCGCAGGACACGCUGGAAAUGUGCUCCCGGGAGACGGAGUUCAAAUCUCUUCUAUUUUCAUUGUGUUAUUUCCACGCCUGUGUGGCUGAGAGACGCAAGUUUGGCUCUCAAGGCUGGAACAGACCUUAUCCCUUCAACACAGGAGACCUGACGAUCAGCGUCCACGUCCUCUACAAUUAUCUAGAGGCCACCAACAAAGUUCCAUGGGAGGACCUGAGAUAUCUUUUCGGGGAGAUCAUGUACGGUGGACACAUCACCGACGACUGGGACCGCCGUCUCUGCAUCACCUACCUCGAGGAGUUCAUUCGACCCGACCAGCUCUCGGGCGAACUAAUGCUGGCUCCAGGCUUCCCAAGUCCCCCAUCCCUGGACCACGCAGGGUACCAGCAGUACGUGAUGGCAAGCCUGCCCUCCGAGUCUCCUCACCUCUACGGCCUGCCACCCAACGCUGAGGUUGGCUUCCUCACGAGGACUUCCGAGCACCUCUUCAGGACGGUGUUCGAACUCCAGCCUCGGGAUAUGGGCGCCUCGGGGGGUGUGGUCAUCACCAGGGAAGACAAGGUAAAACAAACCCUGGACGAGAUUAUUGAGAAGCUGCCUGAGCAAUUUAACAUGGUUGAGAUCACGAGCAAAGUAGAGGAGAGAACCCCGUACGUGGUCGUUGCCUUCCAGGAGUGCGAGAGGAUGAAUCUCCUCACAAGCACCAUCAAAAGUUCACUCAAGAACCUCGACCUCGGCUUCAAAGGUGAGCUGAAGAUGACAGCCGCCAUGGAGGAGCUUGUGGAGGCCCUUUUCCUGGACCAAGUCCCCGACGUUUGGGCCAAACGUGCGUACCCUUCGACCCACGGCCUCACUGCCUGGUACGCUGACCUCCUCCUCAGGGCCAAGGAACUCGAGUCCUGGGUCUCAGAUUUCACCCUGCCGUCGUCGGUGUGGCUCGCAGGCUUCUUCAACCCUCAGUCAUUCCUGACUGCUGUGAUGCAGAGCACUGCACGGCGCUGUGAAUUGCCACUGGACCAGAUGUGUCUGCAGUGCGAGGUCACAAACCUCACAAAGGAGCAGUGCACAGCUCCGCGCGAAGGCUCGCACGUACACGGGCUGUACCUGGAAGGGGCGUCAUGGGACCUGGCGCAGUCUGUGCUCGUAGACUCCAGACUCAAGGAGCUGCACCCACAGAUGCCGGUGCUGCUUAUCAAGGCGGUGACCCAAGACAAGGCUGAGAGUCGGAACCAAUAUCUGUGCCCUCUGUACCGCACGCGCCAGCGCGGCCCUACCUACAUUUGGACGCUCUCCCUCAAAACUAAAGAGAGACCCUCGAAAUGGGUUCUGGCGGGGGUCUGUCUACUGCUGCAGGUCUAACACUCUCUCCCUCAAAACCAAAGACUGACCCUCGAAAUGGGUCCUGGCGGGGGUCUGUCUACUGCUGCAGGUCUAACACUCUCUCCCUCAAAACCAAAGAGAGACCCUCGAAAUGGGUUCUGGCGGGGGUCUGUCUACUGCUGCAGGUCUAACACUCUCUCCCUCAAAACUAAAGAGAGACCCUCGAAAUUGGUCCUGGCGGGGGUCUGUCUACUGCUGCAGGUCUAGCAUGAAGGUCUGCCUUCUAGUUGACGAGGCUAUCUGCUUCUGUUGUUCUCAUAUUAAGGGCCUGACUUCUGGGUAUUAAUGUCUUUCUGCUUCUGUAGGUCUUAUGUAAAUGCCAGGCAUAAAGUUGUUGAGGUUUGUCUGCUUCUGCAUGUUUAAAAUUCUGUAUUAGUCCGCGUUGUGGUUUCUGAAGUUCAGACGUCUGUCAGAUUGUGUAGUUACGGUGCUUGAAUCCAUUUUUGGGUCCUUUGUUGGGAUGAUCUCAUAAAUAUGAUUAAUUACACACAAGUCAUUGUGUCGUGUGGGUAAUCAGGUUUUAUUAUAAUCGUAAUAUCCGUUCUUGUUCGAGUGCAGUGAAAGUACGACUUGGCUUAUUCGGGUAUAAAAAGCUUGUUAAUGUACAUGCAACUUAAUCAUUGUUCUGUUAUCGCUUGAAAUUUCUAAAAAUAUCCCAUCUCUAUUAUCUAUGGAAUUGAAGUGUUUGCUCUAGAUUGCUGUUUAAUGUUAUAACUGAUGAUCCUUUGAAGGCAUUUAUGCUGCACAUGUAGUUACUUGCGCACAAACUAAUUUAUUUGAAAUCUUUUACUUUAAUGCGCAUACAUUAAACUUGUCCAUACUUAAGUAUCCGAUAACCUCCUGCACUAGCACCACGCUAAAACUUCGGAUGUUAGUUAAAUUGUUUACAACGCAUAAUAAAAAAACAUGUGGGAAAUGACCGAUAUUUAAAAUAUUUCAAGUCUAUAUUAUGCCUCGCUAAUAUUAUUAGGUUAUAAUAUGACAGUAGUUAUUCGUCUUUAAACUUUCAAUUUUUACUUAUAAAUGCACAAACCCGAACCGGAGUGAGGAGGAAAAGUAUUUCAUCUUUGAGGGACUCCGAUAUUUUGAAUGCAUCAUAGAUGUCGGAUGACUGAAUUCCAGCACUCUUUGUUCAUGCAAUAUUGGCGAAUUUAUUACUAUAUAUCCUUAUACCGAAUUGUCUCUUAGUGAUUCCUUCAUUAUACAAUUAGUGUGUUAUGUUUUAAUGCAUUUAUCCAUAUUAUAAAUGUAGGUAGGCAACUAUAUAUCAUUCUAUUGAUCUGUAAGGAUUUAAAUGCGAUGAAUAUGAUAAUCUUUACCGAAAUAUUCACACUGCUCGUAAUCCUCUGAACCAAUAUUGUUAUUAGCGUUACUGAUUCUGCUGCUGAAAAUACUAUGAUAUACAUGACAGUAGUUCAUGAAAUUCAUUAAUUCGUUUUAACUACCUGGCUGUUCAUAUCUCUCCCCCACUCAAAGAACGGUGAUAGAAGAUGACUAUUUGAUGCACAUAUACAUCACACUAGCACUCAGGACUGAGGAAGCAUAAUAACCCGUAUUAGUAUUACGAUUUGUUUUUGACGCCUUUCUCCUCUUAAAGAAAUGGAAUUCUGAUGUUUUGCAUUAAGCUUUACAUGGUUGAAUGAUAAAACGUUUAAAGCAGUCCAUUAACUGGAGUACCAGUUAACAAUAACAAUUAAAAAAAUUAAUUGUUAUUGUUAGAAGUCAAGCAUUUCGAAAAU